AUGGGUUUGCAGCUGUCGUGCUGCUCAACGCAGGGCAUGGAGGGUCCAUUCAAUGGAAGCCAAACUUCACAUGCCCGCUGUCAACAGAAGAUCUGUCAGCCAACAAAUACUGACAUCCCUCCUGCGCCACCCUGCUCCUCACCUCACUCGGGGCUCGACUCCGGGAUGCAACAUCCGCAGGGUACCCCCACCUACCCAGAGCCGACCAUGGACCCAUGCCCCAGCAGGAUGUCACGGAAGCCUCGUCGCUCCACGCUGUGCUCUCGUGCUGCAGCCUCGGCAAACGGCAGCGUCCCUGCUCCAAGGACGUCGCCCUCGUGCGCCGGUCCCAGACCCUCCAGGACCCUUACGUGCUCCAACUGGAUGAAUGUGGAGCGAUGCAAGGGGAUUUGA